CGUUUCCAAGGUGAACACUGCACAAUAACUCCGAGCUUGCCCAUUGUCGCGCUGCUAACUGAUGGCUUCUUGCAGCAUGGCGAAAGAUUCUCAAGGACCUGAUCAACUAUUUUCGUGAACUUCAAAGCUCCUAUGAGAGCCGCGCCAAGUCGCUAAUGAAGGUCUCAAAUGUUAUCAACAACACCAGUGCCCCCUCAGUCUUCUUGGUUGAGGGUGGUAUCGGCGAUGCUAGUCACAUUUUACGGACCUAUCACAAACAGGCACUGGCCGAGGGUCAGAAGGCCAAAGAUAUCGAAAAUGAUGUCAUUAUUCAGCUUUCAGGCUUGCGCAGCGAUCUCGGCCAGAAGAUCAAGGAGAUCAAGAAUCUCUCGGGGGAUUUCAAAAAUUCGGUUGACAAGGAAAUGGAUGGCACCCGAAAGGCCAUCAGUAGCUUACAGGAAGCCUUGAGCUUGAUCGACACUGACCCCCAUGCCAUCGCCGGUAAGGGCGAUCCUUAUCUGGCCCGUCUCGGUGUCGACAGACAGGUUGAGAAACAGAUUGAUGAGGAAAAUUAUCUGCACCAGGCCUUCCUCAACCUCGAGGGCUCUGGGCGUGAGCUCGAGUCCAUCAUCGUUGGGGAGAUUCAAAAGGCAUACAAUGCGUAUGCUGGGAUCCUCAAACGUGAGGCCGACGAAGCGUACGAUGUCGUUGAGCGAUUGCGCAGUGGCCCGAUUGCAAUGGCCAAGGAUUACGAAUGGACAUCAUUUGUGGAGAACGAUCCACACUUUGUGGACCCCAAGCUGUCUCUCAGAAAGCCAGAGAAUAUUAUAUAUCCUGGACAGCAUCACCCAGCGGCCGCAGAGGUUCGGGCUGGGAUGCUUGAGCGCAAGAGCAAAUAUCUGAAGAGCUAUACACCCGGCUGGUACGUGCUAUCGCCGACGCAUUUGCACGAAUUCAAGUCGGCCGAUCGGGUUAAUUCUCAACCACCUGUCAUGUCUUUAUACCUCCCCGAGCAGAAGCUUGGCUCACACUCUCAGCCUGGCUCGUCAUCUCACAAGUUUAUGCUCAAGGGCCGUCAGACUGGCUCGAUGCACCGUGGUCACUCGUGGGUUCUGCGAGCGGAAACGCAUGAAACCAUGCUCGCAUGGUAUGAAGACAUCAAAUCUCUUACCGAGAAGACGGGAGAGGAGAGAAAUGCAUUUGUCAGGAGUCACGCACGCAGCCUCAGUACCGGCAGUCAAAGGGCUCCUUCGGUCAGUAGUGAGGGCGCAAUGGAAGAGGACGAGGCAGACGCAGUGCCUUAUUCGGCAAAUGCAUCUCUUGUUAACCAAGCGGUCAAGCCCGACACCUCGCAGCGCCCGCAACCAGGUGGGCGCUUCCCAAGUGAUCUUCAGGUCAAUCGAGGCUUACAGGCUCCGCUCUCACCUUCUAGCGGGAGUUCCGACCCUGAUCGUGACAUCAUAGCCGCCGCAGGCGCGCUCCCCGGUCAACAGUUCCACAGCGAUCAAGACCGCGAACAAUAUGGUUUCACCGAAGACAGAGCCGAAAAGCCAGGCGCUGGCGUUGGCACAGACUAUGGGGCCUACGGUCAGGAGCAGGGAUCGCAUGGAUAUCAACCAUAUCAAGCAUAUAAUUCGGAUCAGCCCGAUCACACGGCAACUCAGCCUUAUGGUGCGAACCAGUAUCAGAAUCACCCUGCCGUUUCGGGUCCAAACAGUCGCCAAGAUCAUGAUCCCUCUUACGGAGGAUGGGCAGGCCCAGCUGCUGCUGGCGUUGGAGGUGCGGCUGUUGGAGUUGCCGGCGCGGAAGCGUAUCGACAACACCAGCGUGACCACGAACCCCCACAGGACGAGAAUGGAGGCACUUUUGCAACUCACGAGAAAUAUCAACCGGGCGUUGCCGAAAACGCUCCAAUUGUUGUUGGCGGCACCUCAAAUUCACAGAGCUCUGAGGGAGGCGCAGGCGCAGGCGAAAGUUCGGCCACGGAGUCGGCUGCUAACACGCUGCCCACCAGCGUUGAUAACAACUUCGAGGACGCUUCGAAAGGGAAUCACUCGUCCUUUGGCACUUCUGUUGAAACUGGCCUGGGCCAGUCCCAACCGGAUGUGUCUUCAGAGCCAGCCGCAGCUAUCAGCUCACAGACCAGCAAAUCGUUCACCGCUCCGGAAGUGAUCUCUGGUAGUCAUACCGUGCAGCCGGGUGAAGGUCAUAUGCACAUCCCGGGCGAAUUUCCCCCAACUCCAGCUGGUGCUUAGAGGUCUCGGUCUCGCUCUGUACUGUCUGAUGAUAAGCAUCGAGAUGAUUGCCCGCUUUCCGCCUAUUCAUCUGUGAUCAUCUCGACGAAAUUGUCCAAUGGCUUUGGUAUUGACUGCUCUUGCGUUCUUUGCUGUUGACUGCCACGCCGCAUGGUC